AUGCGCACAGCGCCUCACGCCGCCUGGAUCCGCCUCGCGCCGCCUCGCGCUGCUGCUCGCUGGCGCUGCUCCCUGAAGCCUUACAGUACAGCAAUAUUUCCUAAUAAGAUAUCAAAUGAACAGGAAUCUUUGACAUUGGUGAAGCGGCUCCUAGCAGUUUCAAUAUCCUGCAUCACCUAUUUGAGAGGAAUAUUUCCAGAAUAUGCCUAUGGAACAAGAUAUCUAGAUGAUCUUUGUGUCAAAAUUCUGAGAGAUGACAAACAUUGCCCAGGAGCUUCACAACUAGUGAAGUGGAUGUUAGGGUGCUAUGAUGCUUUAAAGAAGAAAUAUCUAAGGAUGAUUAUUCUAGCGGUAUACAGCAAUCCAGAAGACCCACAGACAGUUUCAGAAUGUUACCAAUUUAAAUUCAAGUAUACUGGUGAUGGACCCAUUAUGGAUUUUGUAAGUAAAAAUCAAAGCAAUAGAUCUAGCAUGUCGUCUGCUGACACCAAGAAAGCAAGUAUUCUUCUCAUUCGGAAGAUUUAUGUUCUAAUGCAAAAUCUUGGACCAUUACCUAAUGACGUUUGUUUGACCAUGAAACUAUUUUACUAUGAUGAAGUUACACCCACAGAUUAUCAGCCUCCUGGUUUUAAGGAUGGUGACUGUGAAGAAAUGACAUUUGAAGGGGAGCCUACAUACUUAAACGUGGGAGAUGUUCCAACACCUUUUCAUGGCUUCAGAGUAAAAGUCACCACUGAGAAAGAACGAAUGGAAAAUAUUAGUGCAAUUCUGCUAUCACCAAAACAAGUAAAAAUACCAUUUCACAAAAUCCUGAUGGACAUAGAUGACCUAGAAGAUGAACGAGAACAGUCUAUGAGUGAUGAUUUUGACACUGAAGCUAAAAUUGAAGAACAGGAAAAACUCUCUGGAUUACCUGACUCUGGAGAACCAAAUUUGAUUUGUGAGGAGGGAGAAAUCAUGAGUUGUAAACAAAGUCCAGAUCUUUCUGUUUCUCAUAAUCAGGUUGAGCAGUUAGUCAAUAAAACAUCUGAACUUGAGGUGUCUGAAAGCAAAACAAGAAGUGGAAAAAUAUUUCAGAAUAAAACGGUAAAUGGAAAUGAACCAGAAAAAUCUUCUAAAGAAAAUCGGAAGAGAAACAAACAACCUAAGAAAACAGUACUCCAUCACUUUGACUCUUCUAGCCAAGAGUCAGUCCCAAAAAGGAGAAAGUUUAGUGAACCAAAGGAACAUUAGUAAUUAUUUCUUCUAUGCAUUUGGAAAGUUUCUCAACAUUUAAACUGAAGGACACUGUAUUACCAUGUUAAGGUGUAUUUUCCCUCCCUCUGAAAAUGUGUGCAUAGUUUUAAGCAGUUCUAACAUGAAGUUUUUAACUAUCAUAUUGUAAUCCUUAAUUUUGUGUCAGCUGAGUUGAAGAGAAUUUUGUAUACAACCAAAAAUACAGCUGUCAUAAUUGAUUUCACUCAUUAUCUACUCAAUAUUGAUCUAUCUUCCAUUUGUGGUCACUUCAUUUAAAUAUGUAUUAAUUUUUAAGAUCCUCAAUUCAUUUUUGAAGUAAAUAAUGUUUUUGUAUUAAAAUAUUGUAGAGGCUCACAUCUUACAUAUGUUUAAACUAUACAAUUUAACUGGUUGUGUUUGUCAUUUUGUUAUAGAAAUGUUCUUCAAUUCUUUGAUAUAAUAAUAUGAUGUAUAGGUGAAAAUGGGUGCCUUAUUUUUUUGCUUGUUCUUACAGUUUUUUUUUACUACAGAUCAAAAAUAUGAUUGAUUUUGAAGGCCUAGCAUUUGUAACAGAAUAAAGUGUUUAAUAUGUGACUUCUUUGCUGGCUUCUAAUUUUUAUUUAUUUUCAUUU